CAUAUAAAUUCAACCAAAUUUCCCCAACUUGAGCAAAACCCAAGAACUGAUCACAUUUUCUUACAAUUGCUCUCCAUAACAUAUUCAAGUCAUGAAUCUGCUCUGUUUGUAACCCCUUCAGUCAAAAUUUUAAAUCUAUUUUCGUGAAAUCUGAACUGUUCUUCCCGUGGAGAGGAUGAAUAUCCACGCAGUCUCAAUCGGUGGUUGGGAAUUUGGCUUGGUUGUGUGCAGCGUUUUCAUGUCAGUUGCGUCAUGAUCACGAUGAGUCAACUAUCCCCAAAUUCACCGAGUUUAAUUUCUCUGGUCAACAAGCGGGACUUACUGCAAAUUUUGAAUGGCAUCUGUUCUCCAAAAUCAGACAAAAAGGAAUGUACUCCUAAUUCUUCAUCUUCUUCUUCGCAAAUUCUGCAGAGCAGCGUUAAAGAAUAGAGGUUUCUUCUUCCAUUUUUGCCUCUUUGAACUCUUUAGCUCUGAAAAUCUCAAGUGGGUGUUGUUGCUUUACACUGCAAAUUUCAUUUUCUUACAUAAAGUGAAGUUUAGGAUUAACCCCAGAAGCUUCUUCUCUUGAUUUCCUCAUUUCUCAGUCCCUUUCUGAAUGAUUAUGAAAAAUAUUCUCACUGAUUUUCAAAGGGUUUUUUUUAUUUUUCCUUCUUGGUGUGGCCUUUGGUGUUCGUUCUUUCCAUACAUCCCUUUCCUUCUCUGAUCACACACUAACAGGGAGACACGUAUAUUUAAAAUAUUUGUGUUUGUGUAUUUCUCGUUUUGUUUGCAAAGACUUUUGGGUUGUUACUUGUUAGCAUAUUCACGUAUUUGCUCCAAACUACCAAAGGGUGUUUUGCAUUUUCGUUUUGAUUGAGUUUUGUUGAAUUUGUUUAAUUAAAAAAUGGGUUUCUUGAGUAACUGGCAUUCUUAAGCAACUCAUCGUGGAUCUGCGAAGUCGUCGUAUUUGAAUAAUAAAACUCCCUUUUCUCUUGAUAUGGGAUUUUAAUAUACUUUUAUUUCUCAAUCCGUCUUCUUCGUUGCCUCUAAAAGCGGUCUGUGGGCGGUGUCUUGAAGAGAUUUGAGUUUGGAGUAGAAAAUGGUUCUGUUCAUCUUUUGAAAACUUGACCCUUUUGAUUAUGGAUCUGGAAAGUGGGGUUCGUAGUGAAAAGAAUGCCAAGAAAGAGUCAUGGAAGGCGGUUUUGAUGAUGGCUUAUCAGAGUCUUGGGGUUGUCUAUGGCGAGUUGGGUACUUCGCCUCUGUAUGUCUAUAAGAACACUUUUGCAGAAGAAGAUAUCGGUCAUUCGAAGAGCAACGAUGAGAUUUAUGGCGUUUUGUCCUUUGUUUUUUGGACCCUCACCAUUGUUCCUUUGCUCAAGUACAUAUUUAUCGUUCUUAAAGCCGAUGAUAAUGGCGAGGGAGGGACAUUUGCUCUGUAUUCGUUACUAUGUCGGCAUGCCAGAGUUAACGCAUUACCCAAUACCCAGUUGGCUGAUUCUGAACUCACUGAUUUCAAGAUGGAUGUUCUUGGUCCGCCAUCUCAAGAAAGUUUUGGAUUCAAACUCAAAUCUGCCUUGGAAAAGCGUCAGGUUCUGCAAAAAUUCUUGCUCGUUCUUGCUUUAAUUGGGGCUUGCAUGGUGAUAGGAGAUGGCAUCUUAACACCAGCUAUUUCUGUUCUUUCUGCGGUUUCUGGCCUCGAGCAUACCAUGAAGAUAGAGCAUCACCAAUAUAUAAUAAUCCCGAUUUCAUGCGUCAUACUGAUAUGCUUGUUUGCUCUUCAACACUACGGCACGCACAGGAUUGGCUUCUUGUUUGCUCCAAUAGUGACAGUGUGGCUAUUCUGUAUCAGUGCCAUUGGCUUGUACAAUAUUAUUCACUGGAAUCCCAGUGUUUAUAGAGCAAUUUCUCCUACUUACAUGUUUCGAUUUCUUAAGAAAACACAAAAGGGAGGCUGGAUGUCACUUGGUGGAAUUAUGCUGUGCAUUACUGGUUCGGAGGCAAUGUUCGCUGACCUUGGCCAUUUUUCACAGUUGUCAAUUAAGAUUGCUUUCUCUUUUAUGGUUUAUCCGUCUCUCCUCCUAGCAUACAUGGGGCAAGCUGCCUAUCUUUCUCAAAAUUAUACCUCUCCAUCCGACCAUCGAAUCGGGUUUUAUGUAUCUGUACCUGAGAAAUUGAGGUGGCCUGUCCUUAUAAUUGCUGUGCUUGCUGCUGUAGUAGGAAGCCAAGCUAUAAUCACCGGAACUUUCUCGAUUAUAAAACAGUGCUCUGCUUUGGGUUGCUUUCCUCGAGUCAAAAUCGUCCAUACGUCCUCUAAAGUUCACGGUCAAAUCUAUAUCCCGGAGAUUAAUUGGAUUUUGAUGCUGUUGUGUUUGGCUGUUACCAUAAGUUUCAGAGACACAAAGCGCUUGGGUCAUGCCUCAGGUUUGGCAGUGAUCACUGUCAUGCUCGUUACUACGUGCUUAAUGUCUCUUGUUAUCGUCCUGUGUUGGCAUCGAAGUGUAUUUCUUGCCAUAGGCUUCAUCUUCUUCUUUGGGACCAUUGAAUCUCUCUACUUCUCAGCUUCUCUGAUCAAAUUUCUUGAAGGAGCUUGGGUUCCCAUUGCAAUUUCUCUUGUAUUAAUGAUUGUUAUGUAUGUCUGGCACUAUGGUACUCUAAAGAAGUUUGAAUCUGACAUUCAAAACAAGGUUUCUAUUAACUGGCUACUUGGUUUGGGCCCAAGCCUCGGCAUUGUAAGAGUCCGUGGGAUCGGUGUCAUUCAGACAGAGCUUGUGUCGGGAAUCCCGGGUAUCUUCACCCACUUUGUCACCAACAUUCCUGCCUUCCAUCAAGUUCUUGUUUUCCUUUGCAUUAAAUAUGUCCCAGUGCCACAUGUUAGAGCAGAGGAACGGUUCCUAAUUGGUCGUAUUGGUACAAGUGAAUAUAGACUGUAUAGGUGCAUUGUGCGAUAUGGAUAUCGGGACGUUCAUAAAGACGACGUAGAGUUUGAGAAUGAUCUUAUAUGCAGCAUAGCAGAGUUCAUAAGAUCAGGGAGUGCAGAGUGUAGUGAUUCAAGACAGUGCUUUGAUAACCAUAGUGAAAAGAUGACAGUCGUCGGGACAUCGUCUACCUCCGAAGAUAGAGUUCAGAUGGCCGAGACAAUUAUGGAUGAAAGCUCUGAAGAUCUGUACAAAGCUUCAGACACAAGGGAAAUAAGAUCACCAGCUCCAGUUCAGUUGAGAAAACGAGUACGCUUCAUUGUACCAGAGAGCCCGAAAAUCGACACGGAUACAAGGGAAGAACUACAAGAACUAAUGGAAGCAAGAGAAGUAGGAGUGGCUUACAUAUUAGGACGGUCACACAUGAAAGCGAAACAAGGAUCGAGCACAGUGAAAAGAGUAAUGAUCGAUUUCAUUUACGAGUUCUUGAGGAAGAACAGCAGAGAAGCUGACUACCCUGUAGGUUUAUCACACUCUUCAUCAGCCCUUGAAGUGGGUAUGAUGUAUUUGGUUUAGUUUUUACCAUAAUACAUGAUUUCUAUGUAGAUAGAUAUGGGUAUAGAAAGCUGUAAUAUCUGUAAAAUAAUGAAAUAAUCACAAAAUAAAUAAAUAAAAAUUGAAAAAA